GUGUGGCCGUUUCCAGGUGGUCCAUGUGAAGCCAUAUCUUCAGCCGGGUACCACGGUGGCCCUUCGGUGUCUGCAUGACGGCCGCUGCCUUCUCAUUUAUCCUGGUGCUCCCCAGGCCCUUCUGCUGGAGAAGGAGAACCACACUCAGAGCCACACUCAGAAGGGCACAUCAUUUUGGGGAGGACUCGGAGGACUCGGAGGAUUGUUUGGCGGAGGUAUAUCUUCUUUCGAUCCCACCGGAGAAAUCAAGAGGGCUGCAGAGGAAGAGGCCCGGAGGCAACAAGAAGAGGCUGAGGAAAGGGCCGGUCAAGAAGCGCUCAGAGGCACCAUCGGCCGCAGCGCACCCCGGACCGUUGACAAUUUCCCAGAUUCCUGGACCUACGAGCGCUUCACGGUUAUUGAUGCCGGCUGUCACAACAGCCUCCACAACAGAUACCUGAAGAUGGACGGCCCCCGAAUGCUGGUCAGCUCCCCCAUGGCUCCUGAUGCUUACCCCUCCGGAUGGACUUGGGAAGGCUUCACAGUGAUUCCUGCUGGUCACGGUCAGUUUGUGUUCCACAACUCUUUGCACAACCGCAUGGUCAGGAUGACGACUGACAAGGCAGACUCCAGUAGGCACAUGAGCCCGCAGGCCCUACUUGCAAUCCGGAACGACUUGCCUUCCAAUUGGGUCUGGGAGCGCUUCACCGUGGUGGACGCCGGCAAUGGUCAGGUCGCCUUCCACAAUACUGCCCACAACCGCUUCAUUCAAAGGACCUGCCAUCCGGUUGGACCUGGGAGCGCUUUCGCAUCGUACCUCGUUCCGAACCCACUGAGACAGCCGCCAAAAUCCGUGCGACGUUUGACUGAGGUCCGCUGUGCUGACAACACGGGCAUCAUCAAGGCUUGCAUCAUCGGUUUGGGCAGGAACAAGUGGGGAACUGGCAAGAUCGGCGAUCGCAUCCGCGUCAGUGUCCGCGACAAGCACGAGUGGUACAAGGGGGAGCAGUUGCCGAAGGGCAUCAUCGCCCGCACCCGCAAGGAGCGCAAUCGCAAGGAUGGCAGCUACAUCAAGUUCAGUGAGAACUCCUUCGUUUGCAUCUCGAAGAACAAGGCGAAGGGGACGAAGAUCAAAGGCCCGCUUUGUUACGAGAUCCAGAACAACUGUAAGUCACUCGCCCGAUGGAUUUUCUGA